UCAGUCACUUGCUCCCUGGGACUCCGUGGGACUCCGGCUUCCUCCGCAUCCCAACAUGGCACUGCUUUGGGCCUUCGCGGUUCUCAGCCUCCUUCCUCUGGUGGCCGCCGAGAGCCCGGAGUGCGCCAACAUGACAGGGACGCCCCUCACCAACGCUACUCUGGAAUUGCUCAAUGGCAAGUGGUUCUAUGUCGCCUCCGCCUUCCGCCACCCCGAGUAUAUUAAAUGGGCCAAGAAGGUCCCCACGGCUGUUAUGUACUUCACCUACAACCAGACGGAGAACGUCGUCUACUUCCAAGCAUACACAACCCAAGGGGACCAGUGCCUCUACAAUGACAGCCACAUGGACAUCCAGCGGGAAAACGGGACCUUGUCCAACAUUGAAAAUGGCGUCAAGUACUUUGCCCACGUGGUACCCACCAAGGACCCCUCGAUCCACAUCUUUGCUUACCAACCAGAAGACAAGGGGAAGAUGGGGCUGUCUCUCUACGCCAACACUUCACAAGUGACCCCUGAGCAGAUGAGCGAGUUCCAUGCGGCCAUCAAUUGCCUGGGCUUUGAGGUGUCGGAAAUCAUCACCACCGACGAGACGAAGAGCCUGUGUGGGCCCCUGGAGCAGCAGCACGAGGAGGAGAGGAAGAAGAAACUCGAGGAAGCAGCACAGGCUUAGAGCCUGGCGACUCGGUGGCACCUUCGUGGCUCUUUCCUCCAAGUUGUCAAUAAAGCGUCUCCUCUGA